AUGUCCUAUAAGAGAUCACGCGCAACCUACGAGGCCGACCUUGCCGCACAACAGUCGCCUUACGUCGCGUUCGGCACGCCGCUCCCGCCAUUGGACCCCGAAACCCGCGAUGAUGGCUCCUAUGUUCCGCUCUGGAAGCAGGAGGUGAGGGACGACCGGGGCAGGAAGAGGCUUCACGGCGCGUUUACUGGAGGAUGGAGCGCAGGUUACUUCAACACCGUCGGCUCGAAAGAGGGGUGGACACCCUCAACCUUCGUUUCGUCCCGGACAAACCGCCGUAAAGAUGACGUCAAGAAUUCUCAGCAGCGACGGGAGGAUUUCAUGGACGAGGAAGAUCUAGCCGAUGCCGAGGAGUCAAAACGGAUACAAACCCAGUCAGCAUUCGCUGGCCUCGGCUCGACAGCUGACGAUGAAGCGAGAGCCGGUAGCCUUAUGGAUCUUUUCCGCGCCGAGGGCGAUACUAUGGGUUCCAAGCUUCUUAAGAAAAUGGGGUGGAAGGAAGGACAAGGCAUCGGCCCAAAGGUUCGCCGUAAGGCCCGUUUGGGGCUAGGAAGUGACGCGAAUGGUGGAACGGGAUCCCACCUCUUUGCGCCAGAGAAUGUUCCGAUGAUUGGGUUUGUCCACAAGACCGAUCACAAGGGGCUAGGCUUUGCUGGAGAGGGUAGACUUGCGCCGAUCGGUGCUUCCGCCAGGCCGACCGGGGCAGCAGAAUCAGGCUCGGACGAUGAUGGAGAGACAGCGAACUUUGGAAGACCGAAAUUCACAUUAUCGUCUGGGCGCAAAAAGCCACGGGACAAGGGCCGGGGAGGGAUUGGUGUUGGCGUUCUCAACGAUACAGGCUCCGACGACGAAGACCCCUAUGAGAUGGGCCCACGAAUAUCAUAUAACCGGGUAAUAGGGGGAGACAAGAAAAAAAAGAAGGCUUCGGCGGCUGUAAAUCCCGCUGUCAAGACCAAGCCAGCAUUCAUGCCGUCGAAAAAGUCGUCUUUGGGAGGGAUCGGGCUAGGGAUGCGGAAAUGCCACGACGGACGACUACCUUUAGAAGGAUUCAUAUUUGGCAAGGAAUCUGACGUUUUGACAACCGGAACCAACGAUGAAGGGAAAUACGCGCCCCCGAAAGUUCCCCCGGGCUGGGUCUCGGCGAAGCAGGUGAAAGCGCUGGUCGGUGCAAGCGGCUACGUUUCCACCUCAGACGCAGCCAAGGCAUCCACACUCGAUCCAAAGUCGCGAGCAGCGAUUCUCGGUGAGAUGCAGCUUCCAGGAAAAUCGGUCUUUGAUUUCAUGUCUGCAGAAGCGCGGGACCGUUUGGCUGCGGCGACCGGAAAACAAAAUCUCCCCCCUGCUCGUGGCGAAGUUCCGGCCGAAUACGCGCUCAGCGAGGCGGACAGGUUACAGGAACUUCUCAGCCGUGUUCCAAAGCUAGACAAAGAGACCGCCGUCGCUGCCAUAUCCCGAGGCACUGGUGGCAAUGCGCCAUAUCGAGAUGAUGAGGCGAAACGCGCAAGAUACAUCUCCUUCCUCGAGUACCAGGCCGGAUUCCGGCCAACCCCAGGCGACCAGCCCUCCAAGAUGAGGAACGAUGACUGGCUAAGAGAGAUGCAUGAGUUUUACAACUGUGCACGGAUCUUCAAGCCUAUGACGGGCUUCAUGGCCAGUCGAUUCACGACGUCAACGAACAAAUCCGCCGUCAACUCAUCCUCCGAGACGGAAGAGAGGGAGCUGUUAUCUAAGCCGCCGCCCAAACCCCAAGACCCGGCCGAGGAAGCCGCUAAAUUGGGCAUGUUCGGCCCAAUGACCAGGUCCGUCACAGACUUUUAUCCCACCCGCCUCCUUUGUAAACGCUUCAACGUGAAGCCGCCGCACCACGUGCAGCCCGAUGAGUACUCGGUCCCUUCAGCCACGAGCAAGGCCAACUUCAACGCCAGUUUCUCGUACAGCGCCCCACAAGACGCUGAGGUUCCACAACAAGCACCUGUCGUGCCAGAUUUUGGCUCCAGGUCUGCGUCCUCGGCGGGCACUUCAGGGGUUGGGGGAAGUGCUAUUGCUCCUACGCAAGAGAAGCUCGUGCCGCAGAUUACGGCGCCCGAGAAGGUUGUCGUCGACUCCAGUAGGAAUGAGGCCCUGGAAGGGAAGAGGGCCGGAGACGAAGUGUUCAAGGCGAUUUUUGGUGACAGUGAUGAGGAUGAUUGA